AUGGAGACUCUAACCUGUAAUGGAUCAAUGAACUCCUUGCCCAUCUUCUACCUCAUGGGUAUCCCCUCCCUGCCAAAAUCCUUCUUCCUUCCUAUCUUCUUUGUCUUUCUCCUCCUCUACCUGCUCAUCCUGGUGGGAAAUGCUCUGAUCUUGGUGGCCGUUGUAGCAGAGCCCAGCCUCCACAAACCCAUGUACUUCUUCCUGAUUAACCUCUCUGCGCUGGACAUCCUUUUCACCACAACCACUGUCCCCAAGAUGCUCUCCUUAUUCCUACUUGGGGAUCGCUUCCUCAGUUUCCCUGCCUGCUUCCUGCAAAUGUACCUCUUCCACAGCUUCUCCUGCUCAGAAGCCUUCAUCCUGGUGGUCAUGGCCUAUGACCGCUAUGUGGCUAUCUGCUGCCCACUGCACUACCCCGUCCACAUGACCCCACAGACCAAUGCUGCCCUGGCAGCUAGUGCCUGGCUCACUGCCCUCAUUCUGCCCAUCCCAGCAGUUGUGCAGACUUCCCAGAUGGCUUUUGACAACAUUGCCCAUAUCUACCACUGCUUCUGUGACCACCUAGCUGUGGUCCAGGCCUCCUGCUCUGAUACCACCCCCCAAACCUUCAUGGGCUUCUGCAUUGCCAUGGUGGUAUCUUUUCUUCCCCUCCUCCUGGUCCUUCUCUCCUAUGCUUACAUCUUGGCCUCAGUACUUCAUAUUGGCUCCCGAGAAGGACGCUCAAAAGCCUUCUCCACCUGCAGUUCCCACCUCCUGGUGGUCGGCACCUACUACACAUCUAUUGCCAUAUCCUAUGUGUCCUACAGGGCUGACCUGCCCCUCGACUUCCACAUCAUGGGCAAUGUAGUGUAUGCUAUUCUCACACCUGUGCUCAACCCCCUCAUCUACACCCUGAGGAACAAAGAUGUCAAAGCUGCCAUCAUCAAAAUGGCAUGUCCUCAGGACCCAAAGCAUGUUGGGAAACCCUGA